AUGUCUCGAUCGUUUUAUGUUGAUUCCUUGAUCAUCAAAGACUCUUCAGUGAGACCUUCUCCUGUCUUGAACGACCACGGCCAAGACUUUCUAAUUCCUAUUAGCGUUCAUUCACCAACAAUGAUGUCCGUUUCUGGUCCCGUCUGUCCGUCCAGAAAGACCGGUACUUUCUGUGUCUGUCCCCUGUGUGUCACGUCCCAUAUUCACUCAUCCCGGAGUGGGAUCCCACUACUGAAAAGCCAGGUUCCCAAUGGAGAUCCUCAAUACUGUCAACGAAUUAACCAGCAGUCAAACCCCGGCCUCGGGCAUCCACCUGUUUGCACACCUACUUACAGCGUAACAGACCUAGAAGAUAUCACUGUCCUUUCCGUGGGUCCUGAAAAUAACAGUCACCUACAAAACGGUAAACGGAUGAGAACAGCCUUUACGAGCACACAGCUCUUGGAACUCGAGAGGGAGUUCGCCUCUAACAUGUACCUGUCGAGGCUUCGCAGGAUUGUUGCAACCUACCUGAACCUAUCUGAGAAGCAGGUGAAGAUCUGGUUCCAGAAUCGGCGCGUCAAGCACAAAAAAGAAGGCAAGGGGACCCCGCGGAACGCGCACAAUAUUUGUAAAUGUAGCAGCCAAGGUCACUGUUUGCGCUCCGAGGACGAGGAAUCCCUCUCUCCAAUAUCAUCUGGCAAAGAAGACAAAGAUAUGUCACCCGCAUAG